AGCUCAGUGGGAGGAGCUUAAGGAUAAAGCAUGGCAGCUGGCAUCCUGACUAGAGUAACCCAGGCUCUCCGGUGUCCUCGGUUGGUCGGCGCUGCGUUCUCGUGUCAUGGACAGUCAUUCAGCACCGCCGCGGCUGAAGUCAAACCGCCGCCAGCACCGAGGGAUGACUCCGCUGCGACUGAAAAGAUCUUGAACUUCCCCCUCACGCAGCCAGACUAUUUCCGCUUGUCUGAGCUCUUCACCUUAAAGGACCUGUUUGAGGCCCGUGUACAUCUUGGACACAAGAAGGGCUGCAGACAUAGGUUGAUGGAACCGUAUCUGUUUGGUUCUCGUCUUGAUAUGGACAUCAUUGAUCUCGAUCAAACAGCCGAGCACCUCCAGUGUGCGCUAAACUUCACGGCGCAUGUGGCGUACCGUGGCGGCAUCAUCCUGUUCAUCAGCCGAAGACGGCAGUUUAGUCAUUUGGUGGAGACGAUGGCACGAGAGUGCGGAGAGUAUGCUCAUACACGCUACUGGCAGGGCGGACUGCUCACCAACGCCCCUGUCCAGUACAGUCCCGGCAUCCGACUGCCAGAUCUCAUUGUAUUCCUCUCCACGCUCAAUAACGUUUUUCAGCCACACGUCGGAAUCAGGGACGCGGCCAAGAUGAAUAUUCCCACGGUCGGGAUUGUUGACUCCAAUUGUAACCCCAGCCUCCUCACAUAUCCGGUGCCAGGCAACGAUGACACUGCUGUUGCCAUGGAGAUGUAUUGUCGGCUGUUUAAAAUGACGAUCAACAGGGCAAAGGACAAGAGGAGGCAGAUGGAGUUGCUAAAGGGGAUCUCCUUCUCCAUAUGAAGGAGGGAUGCAGCGAGUGUUGUUGAAAGUUCAACACCUUAAGAAUCUGAAAUGCAAAUGUAAUCAAUAAACAAAUGACACCGUUUCAGAUAUUGUGUUAUAUUUGUUUGUUUAACAUUUUGACCACCCUCAUAAAAAUAAUACAUUGACGAACCCAGAACUAAAGGCAUGAGUCGCUGGCUGGAGUCACUCAGCACGCCCUGGAUUCGAACUCGCGACUCCACGGGUGGUAGUCAGGGCCUUUACUUGCUGAGCUACCCAAGCCCCUAGUUUUAUGUUUUCCAAUUUUUGGGCCUGUUGUCAUGACUAGAAAUACCUUUUUUUUUUUCUGAAAUUGAGCUGGAAAAUGUAAUUAAAUGAGCCAGUGUGUUAUGGUGUGGUGUGUUGCGGACCAAAUUUGGUGGGCCGCUCUC